AUGGCCAGGAACGCUGCGGGUGCCCUCGUCUACCGCGCGGAUGGUCAGACUGAAGUUGCUGCCGAGGAGAUCGAGCAAUACGCCCGUCUGUUACGUGGAGGGUACUAUCCCUCCCACGAACACCCCUGGGAGACGGUGCCAGUCCCGGAGAGACACGCCUGGGGUCGUCCGCCCGCACCCCAGCGCCCACCGGGACUUGGGGCUGCCACUUCAGAGAACGCAGCGCUUUGGUAUUUGAUUCCGGAGGCAGAACAAUUCUGGCCGGCCGAGUUCAGACAAUUCGACCGCAGAUACGCGGGUGCUCUGAUCACCCCACCAGUGAUCAUCAUCACCAGCGCCGGUGGACCGAUCCGUCGACCAACGGGUCAAGUCGCGGGUCAAGCCGCAUCACCGAGCCCGGCUGCUUCAGGUUCUCAAACUGGUCGCACCAGUCGCGGUGCUUUCGUGCAGCUCGCCGGAUUCUUCACCGUUGACCAGCUCCGGAGCUCAGUGGUCAUUUUUCCACCCCGAAACAUGGAGGGCGAGUCCACCGCUCAACAAGGACUAUCUUUAGCAGGUGGUGGCAGCACUCUUCCUCCUGUGGCUCCGCGUGGUUCUGUCUUUCACAGACCACAGUUAUCCGCAUCGGCUCCUGCGUUCAUCCCACGCACAGCUGCGCCAGAAUUCUUUCCGCGUGCAGCCACGUUGGCCGCACAGCCCGCUACUUCGGUGACUGUCACGACCUUUCCUUCUUCGACUGCCGUGGCUACUUCCAACCCCGUCCCGAUCGUUAACCUGCCUCCCCCUUCCGCGAGUGUGGCAUCGAAGCCGGCAGCCACACCGAACUGUCCCAGCGAAGAUUCUCGCAUGGUCGUUCUCAGCGGGAUUCCAGGGUGGGUGUCCGUUGCCAACAUGGCAGAUUCCGUCUCCUCUGGCCACUACGGGGCAUUAUUUGCAAUCCAAUUCGGUGCAGACUACGGCAAGCUCUGUGCCCGCAUCAUCUUCCGAGAUGCGGCAAAGAUGGACAUAAACCCCGGUGCAACACCCGGGGCGAAAGGAUACUUCGAUGCUCUCACGGCCGCAAAAUCCCAACCCUGGGCCGACCGAAGCAGGGCACUCUGGCCCUUCCCUCCCGGAUGCGCCGUCGACGUCCGCUUGGAGAAUUUUGCAGCCAACGCCUUCAUCCUUGGCAUGCGCCCAAGCCUCGGUGAGGAUGGGAAGCGAAUCCAGGCAGUCAGCCGACGCCUGAGCCUGGUGGGGCUUGAGCAGCUGUUCAGCAGCUUCGGGGAGAAGGAGAUGAGGAACGCCGUUGUGGGUGGUGGCUUCGUUCGCGCGUCGAGCAUCGAACGAGUGUGCAUCUACAACUCCGGCAACGCGACGAUAGUCUUCGCGGACGUGCCUUCGGCCGUCCAGGCACUCAAACGAUUCGAGACUUACAACACCAGCGUGAACGACGCCCUCAAGAUCAAGGCGUCUCACUCCAAGGACCCUUGCGAGGUCGUCGUUCAGUACACCCCGAACGACUCCUUUGCUCCCCAGCCGACAGCUUACCCGCCGCCGCGUCCCCGGCCCGGCCCAAAGUGA